ACUAAGUGCAGCGGAGGUAAAAAACAGCACGAGAAGCAGGCUAAAAAUGGCGGAGGCAGGUAACGGGUCUCCUCCUGCAGUUUCUCAGGAAUCCAUUGAUGGGUCUCCUGCUGAAGUUUUAUUGGACAUGGAUGUCAGCAAUGUCGAAGACCAGCCUACAGACACCAGUUUGGACAAUCAGUCAGAAACACAUAUGGAUGAGAAACCUUACAUGUGUGGGGAGUGUGGAUUCAGGACAAAAUGGAAGUGUAAUUUAUCCCAACAUAUAAAAACUCAUACCGGUGAAAGACCCUACAAGUGUGGGGAGUGUGGGUACAGGACAGUUAGAAAAUAUAUAUUAUCUAUACAUAUGAGAACUCAUACAGGAGAAAAACCCUACAAAUGUGACCAGUGUGACUAUUCUGCAGCACGGAAGGACCAUUUGGACAACCACCUAGCCUUAAAACACACUGGUGACAAACCCUACAAAUGUGGGGAGUGUGGGUACGGGACAACUCGAAAGUUCCUGUUGUCCAAUCAUAUGAAAACCCAUACAGGUGAAAAACCCUACAAGUGUGACCAGUGUGACUAUUCUGCAGCACAUAAAGGCAAUUUGGACAAGCACCAUCGAGCAAAACACACCAGUGAGAAACCCUACAAAUGUGGGGAGUGUGGGUACAGGACAGCUCACAAGUCUUGCUUAUCCCUACACAUGAGAACCCAUACAGGUGAAAAACCCUACAAGUGUGACCAGUGUGACUAUUCUGCUGCACAGAAAAACCAACUGGACAACCAUUUAGCAAUGAAACACACCGGUGAGAAACCCUACAUGUGUGAGGAGUGUGGGUACAGGACAGCUCACAAGUUUCGCUUAUCCCAACACAGAAAGACCCAUUCAGGUGAAAAACCCUACAAGUGUGACCAGUGUGACUAUUCUGCUGCACAGAAAAAACAUUUGAAGUACCACCUAGCCAAACACACAGGUGAGAAACCCUACAAGUGCGGGGAGUGUGGAUACAGCGCGGUUCAAAAGGCUCACUUGUCCUUACACAUGAGAACUCAUACAGGUUUGAAACCCUACAAGUGCAACCUGUGUGACUAUUCUGCUGCAUUGAAAGGCAGUUUGAACAUACACCAUCAAGCAAAACACACUGGUGACAGACCCUACUUGUGUGAGGACUGUGGGUACAGGACAGCUCGAAAGUCACACUUAACCCUACACAUGAGAACCCAUACAGGUGAAAAACCCUACAAAUGUGACCAGUGUGACUAUUCCUCUGCACAGAAAAAUAAUUUAGACAACCAUCUAGCACAACACACUGGUGAGAAACGAUACAUGUGUGAAACGUGUGGCUACAGGACUAAUCGGGUGGAGACCUUAUCGAGUCAUAGGAAAGCUCACUCUGGUGAGACUCGUGAAAAGCGUUACAUGUGUGAAAUAUGUGGAUACAGGACAGCUAAAAAGUCUGACCUUACCCGGCACAUGAACAGCCACACAGGUGAAAAACCCUACAAGUGUGACCAGUGUGACUAUUCUGCUGCACACAAAUCUACUUUGGACCAACAUCUAGUAAAUCACACCGGUGAGAAACCCUACAUGUGCAAUGUGUGUGGCUACAGGACAGCCCAUAAGUCUCACUUAUCCCAACAUCAUGCAAGUCAUGCAAUUGACAAACCCUACAAGUGUGACCAGUGCGACUAUUCUACUGUACGGAAAAGGCAUUUGAAGGCACAUCAAGUAAAGCACACGGGUGUAAAACCCUACAUUUGUGAGGAAUGCGAGUUCACAACAGCUUGGAAGUCGCACUUUACAAUACACAUGAAAAGUCACACAGGCGAAAAACCCUACAAGUGUGACCAUUGUGACUAUUCUACUGCACUGAAAAGCUAUUUGAAAGACCAUCUACUAAAGCACACGGGUGAGAAACCCUACAAGUGUGACCAGUGUGACUUUUCUGCUCUACGGAAAGGCCAUUUGAAAGAUCAUCUAGCCAAACACAUGGGUGUAAAACCCUACGUGUGUGAUGAGUGUGACUUCAGGACAUUUUGGAAGUCUUACUUAACCCAACACAUGAAAACUCACACUGGUGAAAACCCCUAAAGUGUGACCAAUUGUGAUUUUUUUCUAUUCUGCGGACAAAUUCACUUUGGACAUCCAUUUAGCAAAACCCCCACACGUGUGGGGAUUGCGGGUACAUGACAAGUCCAACUUUUCCAGCUCGACCAAACAUAUGACUGAGACUCCGUGUCAGUUUGAAAUCUUGACCAAAAAAUCUUAUCAAUCUGCAUGCAGGAAAUAAGUCUACCAACACAUCUCGUAUCAAAAUGCAAGGUGACGAAACCCUACAUGUAUGAGAAAUACAGGUACUAGGUACAGCAGGCCUGAGGUACAGGACACCCGGAGAGUCUAAAUUCUCCAUACCUAUGAGGAUCUCCUGUUAGAAACCUUUUAAAUGUGACUAUUGGGCAGCAUGGAAGUCCAAUUGUACAGGACUUUGUAACAUUUGCACUUCAGUGUAACGGCUGUACAUCAAGUCAAAUGCUGUGAUGUUUAUUUGCUCACCUAUUUACUAACCUAUACAAUAUACAUGUAUAUAUAUUGGUAUAACACUAACAUUAGUUAUGCUAAACCAGUGUUAAUCAUUAUGAAAAAUUGUAAAAAAGGUUUGUGUGAUGUU